GGCGAGCCUGGCUGCCCUGGCACUCCCGAGGAGCCUGAGCACCCCGAGACCCCUGAGACUCCUGAAGAGCCUGAGCACCCCGAGACUCCUGAGACUCCUGAGCACCCCGAGACUCCUGAAGAGCCUGAGCAGCCCUGCCACCCUGGCGAGCCUGGCUGCCCUGGCACUCCCGAGGAGCCUGAGCACCCCGAGACCCCUGAGACUCCUGAAGAGCCUGAGCAUCCCGAGACUCCUGAGGAGCCCGAGCACCCUGAGACUCCUGAGGAGCCCUGCACCCCUGGUGAGCCUGGCUGCCCUGGCACUCCUGAGGAGCCUGAGCACCCGGAGACUCCUGAAGAGCCUGAGCACCCCGAGACUCCUGAGACUCCUGAGCAGCCCUGCCACCCUGGCGAGCCUGGCUGCCCUGGCACUCCUGAGGAGCCUGAGCACCCCGAGACUCCUGAAGAGCCUGAGACUCCUGAGCACCCGGAGACUCCUGAGACUCCUGAGGAGCCCUGCACCCCUGGCGAGCCUGGCUGUCCUGCCACUCCUGAAGAGCCUGAGACUCCUGAGCAGCCCGAAGAGCCAUGCACGCCUGGCACACCCGGCUGCCCCAUCGUCCCUCAGCCUUCGUGGUCGACCUCAAUCAGCAUCCCCGAGCCUACUAGCACCGGUAGCCUCCCCAUUCCCACCCCUACCGGGCCUCCCGCCUCUGGCGCCGCCGGCCGUCUCGUCGGUGUCGCUCAGGCUGUUAUCGCUGCUGUCGGUGUUGCCGCUUUCAUGCUGUAA